GAGCCGCCACCGCCGCUAUUGGCGACGUUCGCCGAGGAAUGAGGCGUAGCACCGCGGGCUGCGGGCACCGGGAGGGGAAAACCUGAAAACGGGGGCGAGCGGCCGCUCCCCCGGCACGGAGAGAGCGAUGCUGCACGGCCCCGCCGCCAUGGGAGAGCCCUGGCAGCCGCAGUCCCAGCAGCAGCGGCUCCCGGCUCUCGGCAACGCCUCGGCCCCCAGCGCCCGGCCGUCGGCGGCGGCGGAGGAGGGGGGGGGGCCCGCGGGCACGGCGGCCCCGGGCGGUGCGGGCCCGGCGGCGGCGGUCAGCCCUUGGGACAUCGCUCUGUGCGCCACGGGGACGGCGGUGGCCGGCGAGAACGCGCUGGUGCUGGCGGUGCUGUUCUACACGCCCAGCCUGCGGGCGCCCAGCUUCGUGCUCAUCGGCAGCCUGGCGCUGGCCGACCUGCUGGCCGGGCUGGGGCUGGUGGGCAACUUCGCCGUGCGCUACCUGCUGCGGCCGCCCAGCGAGGCGGCGGAGCUGGGGGCGGCGGGGCUGCUGCUGGCCGCCUUCUCGGCGUCGGUGUGCAGCCUGCUGGCCAUCACGGUGGACCGCUACCUGUCGCUGUACAACGCGCUGACGUACCACAGCGAGCGCACGCUGGGCUUCACGUGCGGCGCGGUGCUGCUGAUGUGGCUGCUGUGCCUGGGCGUGGGGCUGCUGCCGCCGCUGGGCUGGCACUGCCUGCGGGACCAGAGCGCCUGCAGCGUGCUGCGGCCCGUCACCAAGGACAACGCGGCCGUGCUGGCCGUCACCUUCCUGCUGCUCUUCGCCCUCAUGAUGCAGCUCUACCUGCAGAUCUGCAAGAUCGCCUUCCGGCACGCGCAGCAGAUCGCCGUGCAGCACCAGUUCAUCGCCACGGCGCAGGCCACCUCCACCCGCAAAGGGCUCUCCACGCUGUCCCUCAUCCUCGGCACCUUCGCUCUCUGCUGGAUCCCCUUCGCCAUCUACUCGCUGGUGGCCGACUCCAGCUACCCCGCCGUGUACACGUACUCCCUGGCGCUGCCCGCCGCCUGCAACUCCCUCAUCAACCCCAUCAUCUACGCCUUCCGCAACCCCGACAUCCAGAAGUCGCUGUGGUUGGCGUGCUGCGGCUGCGGCCCCGCGCUCUCCUCCCGCCCGCGGACAUCCAGCGACGUGUGAGCGCCUCCUCCUCUCCUCCUCCUCCUCGUCCUCCUCCCCGCGCUCCUCUCCCCUCCGCCGUCCGCGUUUCCCACCGGGAGGACCCCCCCCCGCCCCGGGAGUGCCAACGGGCAAAAGGGGAAAAGGAGGGGGGUGGGGGGGAAGUAGAAAAAAAUAAGGGAGUCGGGGGCUUGGGGGGAGGAGAAAGAGAGAGAAAGGAAUGCCGAUGGUUUCCGUAGAAAUGUUAUUUUCGUACACAUUUUAUUUUUUAUUUAAAAACACAAAACGACAAAAAAAAAAGGGGGGGGGGGGGGGGGGGGAAGAAAAAAGGAAAGGACGGGAGGUCGGCACACUGCGGUUGUCCCAUCCCGGGUGUAACGGGGGCUGACCCCGCGCUCGGGGUCUCGGGGCGGGAGCCCACGGUCAGGUGAUGCUCUGCUAUGCAAUAACGGGGGCGACCCCGGAGAAGCACAGGGAGCCGGGAGAGUGAGGCAGAUAGGGCGGGGUGGGACGAAGGCACUUUAGGGGACGGCCGUUCAUUUCAUGGGGGUGAUGGCUGGGGAAUCAUCCAUUCCUCCCCGCCCCACCCCCCGCCCUACCAGAAAAAAGGUGGGCUGCGGGGAGGGGCUGCCCUUCCCCUGUACACGGGGAGUAUCGCACCCCGAAGGGAUCCGGGCUCGCUGAGACCCCGCAGGGCGGCCUGCACCGCCCCCGCACAGCUCCGGCCGCUCCCGACGGCGCUGCGGUGCCCGCAACGGCAAUGCCGCAUCGCGCGGCGGCGGCGCGGAGCCGUGACCGGCUGUCCCUCGGCUGCUUCGGGCCCGGGGGGGCACAGCGCACCGCUCCGCCGCCGCCACGGAUCCGCCGCUCCGCUGAGCGCGGAGCCCCGGGGCUGUGCGUGGGGCUCCGUUCGUAGGGCCUUGUGAGGGAAAGCCGCGGGGAUGCGGAGUGGGUAAAGCUGCGGACACCUGAGCUCGUUUUCUGCCUGCUGAAAGUGGCCAAUCUCCGUUCUUCAUUUCCUUUUUUUUCAAAUCCUCUGGCAAUGGGCAGUCGGCACAACGUUGAAUCAGCUUACACAGAGAUGUGAACAUAUAUAUUUAUAUAGAGAUAUGUAAAAGUAAUAUAUACGUGUGGACACCCUUCCCUGCUCAUUGUCCCCUCCCCCAGUGGCUGUGACGGCAGCCAGGUCCCUGCAGUGUCACACCUCCCGCACAGUCAGGUUCAGCCAUUUUUGAAGCGUUGUGAACACUUUUGGGAUGUUUUUAUACAACCGGACCCAGAGGGCAGUGUUGGUGUCUCUGGGCGACCCAGCGCUUGUUUCGUGUUUUGAAUGAAAUGUAGCCCUGACUACGAGGCUCUGGGUACACCUCGGUGUGACAGAAAUGGCGUUUUCUUGGAUUUCCUGCUCGUGUCACUGGUGGCAGGGUAUGGUGAGCAGAAGGCUGCAAGCAGUGCAGCAGGGGACCGGCCACCGCUUUCAGCGUGCUGGCACUGAACAUAGUGCCAAAGCUCCUCCAGCCGUGCCAUAGAUCCCCAGAAGUGCUGAUGGCCAUAGGAGCCAUCGGUGCCAUUCUUGUGCUUUUCAGAAGAGUUAUCAUGGGCUUUGCAGAGCACAAGGGCUUUGGCUGGUGGAGGUCAGUGUGUGUCCUCCAGACCCCUGUCCCCUCCUCGUGCUGCCAUGGCACCUCUGCAAAUAUUUGCAAAGAGCUUCUGCUGGAGAAUGCAUGGCCAGGGCCCCACUUACACUCAUACUGUUUCUGGGCUCCGUGGGACCUGGCUGGGAUUGACGGCAGCAGAAGCAAGAGGAACAUUGGUCUUUUCCAGAGGAAGAUUGGUGAUAAGUAGCCAGCAGGUUGGGUCUGUUUUUGGCCAGGUUCGUUCAGUGGCCAGCAGAAGUUCCUGAGGGUUUCAGUCCUGGUGCAGCAGCCACAAUCUGUUCAUUGUGAACUUUGUGUAAUAAGAAAUCAUUCCUGUUCUCGGUAGGUGAUGAAGUACCUCUUUCUCGUAGGAACAUCAGAUGCGGGGGGGCUGGAGGGGUGUUGAUCUUGAUAAUCAUUUGUAUUGACGUGUAUUGACCAGCAUCGGGUGUUCACAUAAUUGUUAACAACUAAUCACACUACUUAAAAUUAAGAGGAAUAAUUGUUUGAUGCACACGGGAUUUCCUUGCAACUCCUCUCUUUCAUGUUCGACCCUUUUUUGGGGUGAGGUGGUCACACCCACAGCUCCAUCUCUACCACUUGUACCAUUUCUGUUAAAAGUGCCAUUGGUUUUUGCAGCAUCACCCAAGAACUGCCCUUCUCCUGUUCCUGCCACCCCCAGAAUGGAGUUUUCCCACCCCCAUUGGGAACCUUUGCAAUAUUGAGCGUUGCAGAGUUAAAGCGGGUUCCAGUAGAGAUGACCCACACCAGAACUCUUCUGCCCUUGCCUUUGAGGAAUGCGAACAAAUUGACUCCAGCUCUGAGCCCACCAAUGGGUUUGCCCAUUGGCCAACCUAUCAGUGUAGGGUACAAUGACUGUGAUACAGAAAAUGGUCUUGAGAUGAACAGAAAAAUGUUGCCAUGAAACUGCAUAGGGCAGGACGCCGUGGAGGCUGAGGACGAUGGUAGUUGCCUUUAUAAGUUCUGCUUGAUGUCAAGCGUAACUGUGUCCAAACCAAGGUUGCUCCUUCCCUCUUCCUCCCUCUCUCAUCAUACCUGCUUACCCAGGAACGAGGACAUUUCAGAGCAAUCAGGACAGCUGAUCAUUCUGAUGUAAUUGUUCUCAUUAGCCUUUUAGCUUGACCGAGAAAGGUGAUCUCAAAGGAAAAUGUCCAGUUACCAUUCGGUCAUGGUAAAACCAAGCCCCUACGAUGCACUUUAUGAGCGAGUGAAAACAAAUCAAUGCUGUUAUUGCACUGUAUCUCUAUUGUGUAUAAUAUUAUACAUUCAUCUGUAAGAGUAAUUUAUUUUUAUUACUGUAAAUAAAACUGUUUAAGUGGUUUGUCAAGAGGCUAUCCAAAAAUGGAAGGUAAAAUUAAAAUGUCUGAAGACCUGGGCUCCUGCCCAGGCAUGUGCCA